CUGCAUUACAGCCACAACCCGAAGAUCUGGCAGAUCUUGAUUCGAUAUUAUUCUUCCCAACGAAAUGGGUCAUCAUAACAAUCAACUCGACCUGAUUUUCUCUCCGCCCUUGAUAUCUUAGUGCUGCAACGAAAUCUUUCGAUGGAGAACUGGCCCGGCGCCACCGUCGGUGUCGCCUAUGCUCUCACAGGAGUAUCUUUCUUUAUCAUCAUCUCGAGAUUCAUUCUGCGACGCCUGAAACAUGAAGAUCACUUGCUCGAUGAUUAUAUUAUGCUUGGCUCGAUCUGUUUCUACGCUGUCGCAUCCGCAACCAAUCCUGUCGCUGUGAGUUGGAUGGCCUUCAACUUUGGAGGUUUUAUGCAGAGUCUGAUGCUGGAAUAGUACUUCAAUGGCACUAAUUUUCGAAUCCUAAACGAUCCUUCGGAGUUAUCUCCUGACGACCUUCAGAAUGGUGGGACUUACCGUGCAUAUACGACAGAGCGAUCGGCUGACACAUGAUGAAGCUACCCUUGGUUCGAUGUACGUUAUGAUCGGUCGGUUAUUCUACAUCACCUAUAUAUGGAUAUUGAAGGCAUGCAUGGUCAGUUGGGGCUUCGAUGUUUUAAAAAGCGGUUUCUAAGUCGGACAUAGACUAUUUUCUAUACACGCAUCAUGACGGAUAGCCAUGUCGAGGGCAUGUUUCUCAAAGGAACGGCUCUUGUGCUUGCAACAACCUACUUUGCUUCCUUGUGCUCAGUCUUUUUAGGCUGUACUCCUGUACAGUUGUAUUGGCAAGUGGAGCCGAAUAUCCCAGCAUGUGCUGUAUGUGUCUCUUCUCCGUUGCUAGACGCUAUGCUAACGUAUCAAAGCAAGCAGUAAGGAAUUGAAUCACAGGGUUCUGUCUGUGAGCUAAUGAUCAGCAGUUACCGAGCGUGUAUGUGAUUGGAUCGGUAUGUGUGUUCUCGGAACAAUUGAAAAUAUGGUGGGCUAAUAAAAGACAGUCACAUAUUUUCACGAAUUUGAUUUUGAUGCUGCUUCCAAUACCAGCCAUUGUUCGAGCUUCGUUUCCUUUCCGGUAAUACUCGUCAUGGUCUCUGCUGAUUCCUUCUGACCAAAGAUAUCCAGUUCCGUAAUGCAUGUAUCCUCGCUUUUUCUACUGUGCUGCUUCAACAUGAUCAUCGUGGGCGUUAGAAUUGUGGUUGUUCAACAGAUGGCGUCUCAAUGGCAAGCUCAACAAUUGAUCUGGACACAAGUGGAUAUGUUUACAAUGGUAAGUUCGAAUCACCCUCUGCUUUCUAAUUCAAUAUCCUGAGACAUCCCUUUUUCGCAGACGGUCCUUGUCAACAAACCCAUCAUAUAUCGUAUAUGGCGUCACGGCUUCAAUCAUGUUCGUAAAGGGAAAUUUGGCCUCGAUGCAUGUAGCACUGGAUACUGUCCACCAGUCGAGAACCAGCAACCAAGAUCUGAUCCAAGCCGGGGCAGAGUGGGUACCAUAGCCAGUAAUAUCAAAACCUCUGUAAGUCACUCGGAAAUUCGCCACUAAAUACGGGAAUGCUGACAACGAAAAGGCUCAGAGACUCACUGAUAAAGCGCGACGAAGUGUUGGGCGUUCACUUGGACAGAUUGAACGCACCGUCGAGCUACUACAAACCACCAAGACCGGAGGCGAUGACCCUAAUCCCUUAGGACGACCUCCAUCAUUAGAUGCCGCAGAGCACGAAGAUCAUCUUAUCUUUGGAGGGUUCCAGGCUCCGAAGGCUUACAUCAAUACCACUAUCGAACAUCCUGAACAUACUACAGCCCAUAACGUUGCAGGAGAGAUCCAAUUGAUGCAAAAGUUCGGUCGGAGGUUCUUUCCCAAGAAAGGAGAGCGAGUGAAUACUGCGGAUCCAUCGACGGCUUCGGAAGGAGGUUGAGGGGAACCGAUUACCUAGUUUGAAUUGAGGAUUGUAGUGGUGGAGAUGUGUUUGACUGAAAGGUAUGGGAAUUGGGGAUUGUGAUGAUGAAUGGUGUGAGAUGGAUUGGCUGGUAGGUGUUGUUGAGAUGGUGGCGUUGUGUUGGAAUCCUUCGGUUGGCUAGGGGAAUUGAGUUUUACGUCGGUAAUCCUAUG